AGGAGGGGGCGGUAUAUGGCACUGGGCGUGACGGGCGUGGCACCAAGGAGGCACGCCGCCCCCGCCCCUCCCACUCAUCUCACCGUAGGGCCUCUUAAGCUGCCCUGGCACCGUUACCGACAGCUCGUGGCACCUUCGCCCCGUGUUCCCUCCCACCACCCACCACCACCCAACUCUGCUGCUGCUGCUGCUGCUGCUGCUGCUGCCGCUGCCUCAAGUGCCCUCCAGAUUCGUCUUCGGAGUCAGUCACGGUCGCGUCCUGGUGGUGUCCAGAUCGUCCCUCCUUCCCUCCCCUCAGCCUCAACCAUGCCGAACCGCAACAAAGAACUGGAGAAGGAGGUGAUGGCGUGGGUGGAGGCAGUGAUGGGCCAGAAGCUACCGCCUGGAAGCUUCGAAGAUGUGUUCAAAGACGGUGUGGUUCUGUGCAAUCUCAUCAACAAGAUCCAGCCCAACUCCGUCAAGAAAAUUCAGACGUCCGGGGGUUCCUUCAAGCUUAUGGAGAACAUUCAAAGGUUCCAGGAGGCCAUCAAGAAGUACGGCGUGCCCCACGAGGAGAUCUUCCAGACUGCUGACCUCUUUGAGCGACGAAACAUCCCCCAGGUGGUGCUCUGCCUAUACUCCUUGGGCCGCAUUACCCAGAAACACCCAGAGUACAACGGGCCGAGUCUGGGACCGAAGAUGGCUGAUGAGAACAAGAGGGAUUGGGAUGAGGACCAACAGAGGCAGCUGAGGGAUGGACAGAUCGGUCUGCAGAUGGGCCAGAACAAGGGCGCCUCGCAGUCCGGCAUGGGCUCCCUCAACAAUACCCGCCACAUGUAAGAGGACAAGGAAUCAGAAGCGACGUGACUGAGACCGACCUUCCUUCCUUCUCUUCAGCCCAGCAAGACCUCACUGGGAUAUAGUAAAGGCUUCCUCUUAUCUCUCGCUCCGCUACCACCGCCAAGCAAGCAGCGAAUACUAUCUUCUGGAUGCCCCACCUAACGUUAUUGUUUUGUUUUCUGUUAUGAUUAUUUUUUUACCCCCACUCGUUCCUCCUUCCUCCUCCUCCUCCUCCUCCUCCUCCUUCCUGCAACUCCUGUUAUCCUUUCCCUCUCGCCAGUUUAACUCAAUACACAUGCACUGUACACUACUGUCAUUUUAUAGACUUCCAUCUGCCUAUACUUUGAAUAGUGUCAUUUCUUCCUUUACUCUCAGCCUCUUCUUUAAGGAAUAAGAUCAGAUAAUAAGUGUCUGAGGUAUAGAAGAGAAUAACGAAUAUGUUUUUGCUUUAAGCAUAUUUGCAAUGACUUAUGAAGCCUGGCCAAGAGUGUAACAACUAGAAACGAAGUAAUAUAUCUCCAUCAAGAACGCAACUAAAAAAGAACACAAACAUUUAGGUCUGUUUAGUAUAAGAGCCCUGACAACAAGAUGCUAAGAUUCAGAUAAUGAUUGCACACAACACCACCAUCAGUCUGUCCUUUUUUGCUGCGCAGGACGUGUCGCUUCUGACUGAGAGUGACUUAAGAGUGACUGUUACGAAGCGUGCAAAUCUCGUUUUAUGCGCGAAGAUGCUACUUGAUUUUAAUUUUACUUCACAGACCUUGAGACUUUAUUUAAUCUAGCAUACAUUUUAUUCUAAGUCUCACCCCCUUCCCCUUCUCCCUCUCUGAAGCAGGAUAGGACGCGGCGGCAGGAGGACAACCAAGCCUUCCGCAGCCACACUGUAGAUAGCCACUCACUUGAAUCGCCAUUAUUUUUUUACUUUCCUCGACGUAUUUUUGUUUCGUUCAGUUCUCAUUUUAAUUCCAUUCGGCUGGAGUUAAUCACUAUUGUAGUUUUAACACACUGACACUUAUGACAUUUGUCCUCACUGGCAAGGCAACAAGUGGAUGGAUGUUUGUUGGGAAGUGAAGGAGACACUGAGUGAAGAAGGACAAUGUUGAGAUUCAGCUAGAGUAUAAUAGCAAGGACUUAGUGAUGUCUUUUAUUCAGUGACAUCAGACGUAUAAAGCUUCAUCUUUCGCUUCACUUCUUUCCCAUUCAUCCAGACACACACACACACACACACACACACACACACACACACACACACUGCAUGAUAUGGGUUAUCAAAUAAAUGGUACUUAUUUAA